GACGCAUACCACAUCAUUGUCGCAAGAUGCGAUUGUUCUGCCCAAAGACCAGUCAAAAUGCUCGUCGAAACAGAAGCUGCAUCCCCUCGCUUUGUUUCUCCAAAGGGGCACUGGAGUCAUUUGACAAUGAGAUCGAGCUUACCGAAGAUCCAGAAGCGCGAAAGGACAUGACGUCGAUGACGCCUCAGGUCACGCCGGGUGAUGCGACCGGAGAACGACAAUUACCUGUGAAAGAUCACUGCAGUACUAUCGAGGCCGCUAUGCAUGUACAAACGCAGAUGUCAUCUCUAAAGUUAGAUGACGACAUCCUCGAUGCAGCCCUAUUCUCUGAUGCAGAAUUCAUUCCUUUAACCAUGCCCCAGACCUUUGCAGAUGCAUCUCCCCGGCCAGAGUUUACGCCAUUUACGGUGCCUCACCUGUGCGCAUCCUCACCAUAUGAUUAUGAAGGACUCUGGACGUAUCCUCGACGCUGCGGCUGGAUCAUUCAUGCUAAGGAUACUAUGUGCCACGUUCUAUGUCCGCCGGGAACGUGUAACCAAGGGAGGAAUAUGUUUGAAACCAGAUCCAGGGAGCCUACACCAUUGAUGCUUUCACGCGUGGAUAACACACCUAUUCUCCCCAGCGAUAAGGCGGCUUUCUUACAGGCAUGGCUAUUCUUCGGCGUGCUUCAUGAAGUAUCGUCGCUUUGCGGGCUCAAAUUUGACCUAAAGGAGUUCGUGAGCACGGGGGAUGUCACAGUUUCUACGGCAAGGCUCAACGGACUACCGAGACGAUGGUUCGUGGCUGCAAAGCAGAAAAAUCGUCUUGGCGAUAAGCCGACCAUGGAACAGAUAUUGCGGAUUGCGAGACAAGCUCGCAUGAUGCUGACGCAAGAAAUUAACGACGAUACCGGUUUGACCAACAGAUUCAAAUAUACCUAUUCCGAAUGCCGGUUAUUGCAUUCUCUCGAUAUCGUCGUUCGUAUAGUGGGUUUGUAUCUAUUAGUCAACACAUACCUGCCUGGGUUCCGGACUACAGGAAAGGAGGGGUGGGCACAGCAACGGGUUCUGCGGUCUUUGGAGGCGGACGACAUAGAAGGAAUGGAUCAGCUCUCCAAUUAUGCUUUGGACGAGCUUGCCGACAAAGGCUGGUGCGAAAGUGAGAUAAGCCUGUUUGCGCCAGAUGAGCUGGCUUUCGCAGCCCUGCUGGAUCGACCAAGAAUCAGAGAUCACUCUGCCUGUGGCGACCAGAUCUGUGGGGCGUACCAAACAGACGAAGCGACGUACAAGACAAGACAUGUGCACCACAGCUGUGACUGCGAAUUUAUUGGUAUUGGAACUGAUGUACUGGUCGAUGCCCUGCAUGACGGAAGGAUACCUAAAGUGAUUGUAACGGAAAAUCUGGAACUCAAAGUUGUCGCAGAUAAUGGUUAUCCUUAUAUUGCAUUGUCGCACGUUUGGGCGGAUGGUCUUGGAAAUCCCAAAGCGAACGCACUUCCAAAAUGCGAGCUUCAGCGAUUACGAGAUUAUGUAAAUGCCUUAUCCCAGAUUCAAGAUCCCGAGUUGAAGAAGUCUUCAGGGCCUUCACCCGUCGCCUUUUGGAUGGACACCCUUUGUAUACCUGUGGACGCGAGUGCAAGGCAGUACCGCAAGAAGGCAAUUCAGCUUCUAGGAAAAACAUUUCACGAGGCGAAUGCUGUCUUGGUGUUAGACCAUGAACUCACAAUUGCGGAAUGCCUCACAACGUCCUUUUUGGAGCUGGGAACGCGCAUCCUUUGCAGCGGCUGGAUGAAACGUCUAUGGACGCUGCAGGAAGCGACGUUAGCAAGUGAAUCACAUGGCGUAGAGAAAAUCUACUUUCAAAUGCGCGACGGUCCGUUCCUGUAUCAAAAAUACGGCUGGGACAGGAAGUUGGGUUGAGGUCUUGACCAGGAUACGACGGAAAUCCAAGCAGAGGAGCGAACUCUCCUCUUGGAAAGGGGUGUCAUGCUGUUGUUAGGCAGUCAGAUGCCGUCAAUCCGCGGUAUGAGGGAGAUGCGCCCGCGAUGGUCCCCAUUUCAAGUCAUCUACUCCGCUUUGGAGCAUAGAACAACUAGUAGGGUGGAAGACGUGCCUCUAUGCAUAACGUCUUUGGUGGGAAAAGAUGUCACUGCCGUUCUUUCUGCUACAACUGCGGAAGAUCGUAUGGCCCAAUUUUACAUACUCAUGCGAGAGAUACCAAUGGGAAUUCUAUGGUCCGAACGACCAACAAAGCUCAGUCUCAGCCCUUUCCGUUGGGCUCCAUUCUCUAUCAAUGCGUGCAAAGAGACAACUUACAUGGGUUGGGAAGACGGAGUUUGUGACGCAUAUGGCCUUCAUGUACGGGUUGGAGGGUUCAUCUUUCACAAAGAAGAUAUUGGGAUGCACAUAGAGAAAAGCCGUGAUACAGGAGCUGUUACUAUACCCUGGAUUUUCGCCAUUGAUCUUGAACAGCCGCAAGAAACCUGUCUCGUUCGCCCAACCAGGCGGUCGCAAAUGAUGACCGUACAACAGGACAUGGCUCUGUUGAUAAGACCGGAUGAUAAGCACAAUGGAGAUCCUAAUGGGACCGUGGUGGUGGUAGAGGGAACUGUAGAAUAUGAUGAUGAAAAGGACGGGAGCAAGUCAGUGGAGUUUGUUUGCAGGAUUAUUGGAUACGUGGAACUACUAGGGCGUCCAAAAAAUCCCAGCUCUGAGGUCACAUUUCGAGGUAAACUGACAUCCUCAGAUCAGAGAUGGCGUGUUACUUGACUUGGAGAGCGGGGCAAGCGUAGAUAAAUUUUCUUGAAGAGUGGCCGCGCCGAUGGGUAGACUUCAAGUUCAAUUGUCAAAGUCGGACUUCUUGUAU